AUGUAUAAUAUCACUAAUAUCAUAAAAAAUGCUCCGAUAAACACUUGUUCCGUUUUACAAAUAAGACUGAAAUCAAAAACACACUGGGCAAAAUUAAAGAAAAAAACAGGACCGAAGUAUAAAGCUUUAAAUCAUUUUGAUGAUUUCUAUGGCUCUGUUUUUGGAAAUCAAUGGGAACCUAUGCGAGAAGCUCUUUUAAGAAAAUCAAAAUAUGUUGCUGUAGUAAAUAAUUAUGGUGAUACAGAAGAUACAAUGGAGUAUCUCUCUAACAGAGGAGCUCAUUGUCUUAAAAGUUUAAUGAAAAUACAGAAACAUUUUCAUGACCAAUAUUCACCACCAAUAGAAAAGCCUGAAUCUAUAAAUAAAAAUGUAUUAGAAAACUAUGUAACAAAAUUGCAAAAUGAAGAAAUAUCAAGUAUAUAUCCUCAAGGUCAUUAUGUGCCAGAUAAAUUAGAAUUAAGUGAUAGUAAAACAUUACAAAGAAAUCAGGAGGAAGAAGACCCAUCUUCGAAUGAUAUUAUCAGUCCUUCAACUUAUACACUUGAUCAGGCAAUAGAAGAUGCAAAAAUUGAUGAGUCUAGGAUAAUUCAACCUUCCAUGGGUUUAUCAUCAGAGGCACUAUAUCAAUUUGUACCGGCAACAAAAUUGAAAGGGCUUGAUGAAUGGGUGCCAGAAUCUUUGCACUAUUCCUUUUAUACUAACAAAGAAACAGAUUUUCCACUAGUUAUUGAACCUGAAACAGAAUUUAAAUAUCCAGAACAUUUGAAAGUGAUGACAUUUGAGAUGAACAGUGAUUAUUACAGAUUUCCAGAACCAAAAAGAUGCAAAACAGGUGUAUUUAACUACUACCCAAUGGAUUGUAGUAGUGUGCUUUCGGUAUUGGCCCUCUGCCUGUCUCCCGGGGACAGGGUGCUAGACAUGUGCUCUGCGCCCGGGGGCAAAGCCCUGGUCGCCUUGCAGACUUUGCUACCAGAUGUACUGGUGUGCAAUGAUGUAUCUAUAUCGAGAUCCAAUAGGAUAACAAGAAUAUUCCGCGACUAUCUAAUAGAUUAUGAAGUUGGCAACAAGUGGCAGGAGCGCGUCUUAAUAUCGAGAGUCGAUGGACGAUCAUUCACUGACGACCGCGGAUUUGAUAAGGUAUUAGUAGAUGUGCCGUGCACGACAGACAGACACUCUGUGAUGGAGGACGAGAACAACAUAUUCAGACCGGACAGAGUUAAAGAGAGAUUGAAAAUACCGGAGCUUCAGUCACAAUUAUUGGCCAACGCGCUGCGGCUGGUGCGCGUGGGCGGCGCCGUGGUGUACAGCACGUGCUCGCUGAGCCCGGCGCAGAACGACGGCGCCGUGCGCGCCGCGCUCGCCGCCGCCUUCCGCGACCACAACAUUAUGGCCUCCGUCAGAGACAUGUCAGUGCCAUUCAGCUCGCUGAGCAGCACGCUGCGGCUCGCGCGCGGCCGCGCGCUGCCUAAGUACGGGCAGCUGGUGGCGCCCGACGUCGCCGCCAACUACGGGCCCGCCUACAUCGCGCGGCUUGUUAGACUCAAA